GUCAAAUACUACAACUCAGAGAGAGUCUGGAUGAUGGGAAUUGCUUCUGUCUCUGUAUGCGAUCAGGUAGAAUAUUUGUUUUCUGCUUCCUUGGGCAUUAUUCCUAUCAAACCAAAUACAUCCCAGGCAUAACUCGGAGCCCGGAUCGUCAAUCACCAUCAUCACUUUAAUCCCAACUCCACCGUCGCGUCUACCGUAUUUGUUGGCACUGUCUGUCUCAGUCGCGGCGGAUAUCGUAGUACAAUACCACUUCUCCCUCUUCCCCUCCACCUCCAUCGUACGAAGCAACCAUGUCGGCCAUCGUUCCUACACGAACAAAGACGAUGUCGGAGUCGGACGAUGAUGCCAUUCCCGACGGUGAUCCCACGAGCACGGCUGGUCUCCUUGGGGAGCGUCUGCAGGCCUGGAAACAUAUGGUCAAAUAUCUCGAGGCAUACGUUUCCGCAGUUGCAAAAGAUCAAAAUAGCCGGGCCAAAGACCAAGAGAAGAUCUUGAAGACAAUCUCGAGCCCCCUGCGUGAAGCACACCAUUUUGACAGCGCACUUGGUGGCAUCUCAAGCUUGUUCGACAACAUCCGCGCCAAUACGCAGGCCCAGACAAACCUCUACAUCGAGACGAGCAAGAGUCUGACCGGUUCGGUCCUUCCCAUUCUCGAGCGGCUGCACCAGGAGAUCAAGAACAAAUCAAAGGAGCUGCAGAACGGUGCAGGCAAGGGUUCUAAAGCUGUAGAGGCAGCGCGCGCAGCUUCCCAGAAGCACAUCGAUCUGCUCGGGACCCAGGCUUCUCAUUUCGACUCCAGCGGCGGCGGUGCCAGUCGAAUGUCCGCGGCUCACGACCCGUACGUGCUCAAGAGGCAAACGUUGAACCGCCUCAACAAGCAGAUACUGGAUGAAAACAACAACCGCCAGGAUCUGAUCGCUGUCCAGAAUUCCUUCCAGCAAUUCGAGGCCCAUCUCAUCACCACCGUCCAGUCGGCGCUGAACACGUACAACCAGUUCAUGAGCACUCUCGCAGACCGCCAGAAGGCCAUGAUCGAGGACAUCGCGGGCACUGCCGCAGCUAUCCCGCUCGAUUUCGAAUGGCAAGGGUUCGCCAAACGCAACCAACAUGUCCUUGUCAACCCGAACGCCGCCCCCAGAAGCAUGUCUGGUGUUUCGUUUGCCAAUGAUAACCACCGUGCAACCAAGGCCUUGAUCGAAGGAUCAUUGGAGCGCAAACCUCGUGGUGUAGGUGCCAUCAGAGGCUACACCAGCGGAUACUACGCCGUGACCCCUGCGGGUUUCUUGCACGAGUACAAGGACAAUGAGAAUUUCCUCAAAGACCCCGUGCCUGAGGUCUCUCUGUUCCUGCCCGACUGUGUGAUCGGGGCGGUCGACGGAACAAAAUUUACCAUCAAAGGCAAGGAUUCGUCAGGUAGCAAGAUCGGCCAGAAGAUGGCCAUGAGCCACGAUUUCCAGUUCAAAGCGCAUACGAACUCGGACGCACAGCAGUGGCAUACGAUCAUUGCCAGCUUCGCCAAUUCAGGAGGAAGCGUGCCUACGUCGCCAGGCGAGGGACAAAAGAUGUUCCCUCUCAACACGGCCGUCAACGACCAGCAAACGACCGGGGUGACUUCGGCGACCAGCCCACAAAGCGCGAGGACCGCUACGAGUGCAGCGACGGCAACGACGACACCCGCCUCUGCAGGGACUUUCCAUGGGUCCCCGGCUUCACAUAAUCUGGAGGACAGGAAGUAUGUGGAGUCGCAAGCGGAUAAACCUUUGUCCCACGAAGGUCUGGAGCGUCAGGCAGGUCACGUUCCUGCCAGCAAGUAGGACGCGCUGGAGACGUUUGGUUAUGAGUGGCGUUGAUCUGAAGCGAGAAGCCGUCUCUUUAUCUUUGCUUCUUUUCCCAUUCUUCCCUUGACUCACCUUUUUGCCCUCGAACGAAUAAUCAAUAUGGGCCCGUCUUUGAAGAAUCCUCUGGCCUUCUGCAAUGAUGGCAGAUGGCAGAUGGCAUAUUGCUGAAAGAAGAUGGAAAUCUUUUUAUUUUUGAUACCCCAUACCCCCAUACCCAACGCCGAUACCACAAUUCAUACCUACCUGUACGGGUACAAGUAUAUGGAGGAAUUGCCAGUACCAGGUUUAGGCAGAUUAGCUCUUGCCUCGAUUCUACUCCGUACAGUAAUACGAUAUUGUAUUCGCAAUCCUCUGUCUCCCAAAGUCUGGAAUGAAGAAUGUUACCAUCAUACGUGCCUGG